GGUGAGAACUCAUGCGCCCACUUUUCCGACGGAAUCUGGCCGUAACCCCGGUGGGAUGCAUCCAGGAAAGCUUCCAGUGUGAGGGUGCCCUUCUGGGCUUUCGGAGGUUGGUCGUGCCUGCAAGGAGGACCUGUUUUUUCUCAGUCUGGCUAUCUCGAGCAGGGAGGAGCAUAAUUACGAGGGGGUUGCCCUGCCUGGGCUGUCCGUUCCAUUCGGUUUUGACUUACCCGUGGGAGCAUCUUACCGGUCAUGAACCUGGACUUAGGCUGGCAGCAUUUCGUUGCAGGGAUGCGCUGGUGUUGGCGGCGCACUGCUUGAUCCGUCUUUUGGCGUCUGCUUUUCCCUACCUCUCCAAGCUCGUCGACGUCGUCGCCAUCUUGGCGACCUCGGAAGCUCCAAGUGUGAACGGUCCGGUCUUGGCUGUCGCCGCCAUGUCCAGCCGUCCUUAGUAGUAGAGCGAUGAGGGUUUGCUUGAGCGGUGGCGGCGGCGGCAGCGCUGCCGCUACUGCUGCAGUGGGGAUGCCAUCAGCAGCGGCAGCAUCUUUGUCCACGGCAGACGUUGGGUUUGGCAGAGGCUCGGGGGUUGACAGAGAACACGGGGAGCGUCGUUAUGCUGACACAGUUUGCGACCGUCAAUCGCGGGCGGCGAUGUCGGUGGCGGGAUGGGCGCCACCUCAACGUGUGUCGCGCUUCCUACCAGCUGGGGGAAACCUCCACGCAGCGGCGGCGGCGGACUUCGCCUCCGCGACUGGAGCAGCAGCUGGCGUGAGCGACGAUCGGCCGCGCAGCAGCUGGUCGUCGGCCGCUUUCCGGGGAGAUCUCUGUCAUUGGCUGUUAGCGGCGCCGCCUAGGGGUAUCAGUGGCGGGGGCGGCGGCGGCGGCGUCGCUUUGCGGACUACUCCGAGUUUCUCCCGACGGCGCAAACUCCAUGACUGUGCCGGGCUUCGUGCUCGUUGUCGGCUGUCCCCUGGUAAUGGCCAUGCUGAUCACUACUCCCUGGCUGCUGCACGUGCCUACGGCGACACGCCGUCUCCCGAUGCAGAGCAUGAUGUCGGCUCGCAAUUUACCCCGGUUGUGUGCGAUACACCGUUCGACCGAGAAUCCGUCAACGACGCCGAGGAGCACCCGACGGGUGCCGAACGCACCUCCCGGCAAGGACUGGACUGGCCGGGUGAGCAAGCGGAGAGAGCUCUGACCGUGAAUGUGGCGUGGCUCUCCGGAAUGCAGCACGGCAUCCUUCACGGGGAUGAAUGGCCUGCGAAAAGGGAGGUGGCGUGGGAAGAAGAACAACAACGAUUUACUGUGGAAGAAGAAGCCUCAGCAGCAGUAGCAGCGACUCCGAUGAGCAGGAGAGAGGUAGGAGAGGAGGAGCGUCAGGGGGUCUGGAACAGAUCCUUCAAUCAGAAGUACCGUCCACGGAAGCUGAGGGAACUGGUUGGCCAAGCGCGAGUUGCUGAAGCUCUUUCCAGCGCAUUAGCGUUGGAGCGGAUUGCUCCCGCGUACAUCUUCUCCGGCCCUCGAGGAACGGGAAAAACAUCUGCGGCUCGGAUCUUUGCUGCCGCUCUCAAUUGCUUAGAAGACCUCAGCAGCAAUAGCGAUGGCGUUGGGGAUCGGCGGCGGCGAGGAAGAGAGCCUUGCGGGCAAUGCAGCCAGUGCAUUUCGACCUUGCGCGGAACCAACGUGGACGUGAGGGAGAUCGAUGCCGCGACGCAUAAUGGAGUCGAGAGCAUCCGGGAACUUCUCUCCUCUGUGAGGCUCUCGCCCGUCUGCUCGUCUGUCAAGUACAAGGUCUACGUGAUAGACGAGUGCCACAUGUUGAGCUCCGAGGCGGCCAACGCGCUGUUGAAGACGCUGGAGGAGGCGCCGGCUAUGGCGGUUUUCAUAUUGGUGACGACGGACCCUCAGCGCCUUCCGCCGACCGUUCUGUCUCGCUGCCUUCGAUUUCCCUUCCACAGGAUCGGCGUGCAGGAUAUGGUGAGCAGGCUUGCCGACGUGGCAAGGCGGGAAGGGGUGGCAGUUCAGCCCGACGCUCUUCGCUUGAUGGCAGCUUACGCGGACGGGGCUCUCCGCGACGGAGAGACGAUCCUGGAGCAGAUGUCGCUCCUGCAGGGUGCCUGCAGCAGCGCGCGUGGCGGCGGGGAGGUCACAACGGCGAUGGUGAGAGAGUUUCUUGGAGUUGUGGGUGAGGAGGAGGUUUGCGAGCUGCUAACCAGCGUGGCUUUGGCCGACCAGUUCCCUGAGAUAUCCCUAGCUCGAAUCCGGAACAUGACGGAGACGAGGGCCGAGCCGGCAGCGAUCGUUUCUCAGCUUGCGGCGCUCAUAACUGAUCUGCUCGCCUCGCGCUGUGAGGCGGCUGCUGCUGUUGGGGGAGGAGGCGAUCCGCAGUCAUCCCACGCGCAAGCGCUGCACGGGGCAAAAGGUGCCGAGGAGGUUGCGGGACAUGGCGGUCAACUGAAGGGCGGAUUGAUCGAGUUGGCGAGAACUCCCGACGGUCUCGUUCUGCUUCGGCAGAUGCUCGGGAAACUCGCGGAAGUAGAAAAGCAGCUCAGGGCGGCGGGAAAUCCGCAGCUUUGGCUUGAGGUCGGACUGCUUAGUCUUGCUGAGAGCAAGAUUUCACAGAAUGCGAGGGAUCUUCUGAUUCCUUUGUCCACUUUCUCCUGCGACAGGAUGCUUCCGCCUACUGGGCCCCUGUCAAUGGGAACUGCGAUUGCCGGUGCCACGCUAUGCGAGGGGGGGAGCUCGGCGGAAGGCGCAGGCGAAGUAAUAGCUACUGCUGACGACUACGCCUCAAGAUCGGCGAAGGUUCAGGACGAAUAUGGGGAUGCCAUAAGGACUGGCAGAGCGGCCAAGGCUGGUAGCCUCUUGUCAGAGGUGGCCCUGCCUGCGCCGAAGGCGGAGGAGGCUGUGGAAUCUUCUGCCUCACCUUCUCUUUCCUCUUCUCCUACUUCUCCUUCGUCUCCUUCUCUUUCUUCAUCUUCGAGGGGAGAACUUAGUUCGUCGGUUUCCUCGGCGGAAAGAAGAGAGCGAGGAGCUGCAAGCCUAGAGAUGGGAAAACGGGGUAGACUCGGAGCCUCGAAAGCGAUGGACGAUGAGGACCCAGAUGUCGAUGUGCAGGAGAGGAGUAGAACGGUUUCGUUUUCCUCGGCGGAGAAGGUGGUGGUAAGUCGCCCCGCGGUGCGAAAGAAGGGGAGCGGAGACGAGAUGUAUGGGGACUCGCCUCGGGCAAGAGAUGGAGCGAUUGGGGAAGAUGCACUGCGGAGACUAACUGGAGGGAGCGAGCCCAGUGGAGAAAAUGAAGAUGGCGAGCGUGACGGGAGAAGAAGCAGAAGAGGAGGGCUCAGAUCUGGUGGCAUGGAAGAAGUAGCAGACGAAGUUAUCACGGCGGUUUCUCAAGCCCGCGAGGAGGGAGACAAUAUACAAGAAACGGUAAGGGCCUUGCCACUGGACAAGUUAUGGGAGGAUGUCAUCGGCAAAGUCAAGCUCAAGACUGUCAGAAUGCUGCUGGAAAAUCGUGGCCGUCUGGAAUCUUUCUCACAGGAUGGAGGUGAGUUACAGAAUUGCUCUGAUGGAGCAUUUGUGCUAUUCACAGUGUCCGAGUUUGCGAAGAGGGCUGAGAAAAACAAGCAUCAUAUUGAAGCGGCCUUUAAGAAGGUUUGUGGGUCAGAAGUAACCGUUACCAUCAACAAUGUGGCAGGUCAUUCCGGGAGUGGGAAUGAAUUUGGCGGCAGGCGUGGCAUAGAUGCAUCGGCCAAAAAGCAAGUACGGAAAGCACGAGGGAGUUUUGAAGAAUCUGAAUCUCCUGUGCCAAGGGGCGUUGGUGCUGAGCUGGGAGGUGAUGGAGUGGAAAUGGCAAUUUCAGAGGGCAUGAAGCUACGGCGAGGAAGGCGGCCCUUGGCUGCAAGGAAAGAUGGUAAACAGGGGUCGAGGAAGGGGGAUGAAGAACUGGGCAUGAUUGAGUCUCCUUCUGCGAGUGGCGGCAAUGAUCUGUGUGAGAAGGAUCACCAGCUUGCUGAUGGCAGUGUGAGUUCAAUGGGCAGAGGAGCCAGACAACCUGAUGAGACUGUGAAGGUGGAAGAGGAAUGCACUGGACCAAGUACGAGGAUUGCAAACUGUAAGGACAGUGAUCGUCUGAACCUAAUGAUACGAAAGCGGAUUGCAGGAGAAGCUGGAUCUUCAAUGACACGGACGCAGGAGGAGAUGGAGGCUGACUAUGCUAGCGAAUGGGAGAAAGAGACUGCGAAGUACACCAUUGGAUCUGGUCACCGCGAUGGGAGUGAAGGGCCGUGGCAAGUUAGCAGUAUUGUAUCAAGCUAUGAAGGGGAGGUCGAAUGGGAAGCCGACACUGAAAUAUCCAUGGAGUAUUUGAUGCCUGGAAGUCAGGAAGAUGGAGAGGGUGGGAUUGGCGUUUUAGGAAGUGUCAAUACUGCCAACAUGGUGCUGAGAAAGAACCGUGACGAGCAGUCUGAUUCUUAUGAAGGAAAAACUGGCUCAGCACUGGUGAUAGAACGGGUGAGGAGAAACAGAAACGAGAAAAAGAAGCCAUUGCUGCCACGGAAGCUUGAGGCUGCUGAAAGCAUCGCAAAGGUGUUCAAUGGAAUUGUUAUUCCUUUCUGAAAUCCGUUCAGCUUUUGUGGAAGCCAUUGAAUUCUCAUUUUCUUUCUCAGCAGUUAUGGAAGUUCAAUCUCUCUCUCUCUCUCUCCCCCCCCCCCCCCCUCCUUGUGUGUGUCUCUCUCUGUCUCAGCCUCUGUCCUCCCCUUCCCCCGCCCCUCUCCCAUCUCCUUUCGCCCUCCCGCUGCAUUCCCUUCCUCCCGUAUCCUCCUGGUUCUUACGUAGUUCAAUGGGAAGUUUGGCAGAGCGGGAUAUCAACUCUUGUGGAGUACUUUAGCUGUAUAUAUACUUUGUACACUACUUGGCAAUUAAGUUGGAUUGGAAUUAGUGAUCAACUGCCACAGAGAAUUUAUUGAGGAAAUGUUCAGCGCGGUGUCCAGAGCAUGUGUUCGUUGGUGAGCAGGCUGGGAUAGACGUAUUCACGAGUUUGUGGAGUGGGUGGUGUUAUGUGGUGGUUCAUUCUUAUGAUUAAUUUAUCCUAUUAUGUGGAGACACCUCCUUCAUACAAAUU